AUUCGCUACAGAUGGAAGACGCUCCCUAGAUCUACCUGCGAAAGUAUCAGAAACUAUGUUGUAAACAAGGUCAUCGCACUCUCCGAAACAGAUGAGAGCCUAUCGCGCGACGGAGUGUUUGUUUCAAAGCUCAAUCUCAUUCUCGUCCAGAUCGUCAAACAGGAAUGGCCGGAUAAGUGGGGUUCCUUUAUUUCCGACAUUGUGGGUGCCAGCAAGGGGAGUGUCCCGUUGUGUGAGAAUAACAUGAAGAUUAUGAGACUGCUUUCUGAAGAAGUUUUCGAGUUUUCCGCAGGGGAGAUGACUCAGGAUAAGGUCAGCCACCUAAGAACCCGAUUUAACGAGGAUUUUUCUCGCAUCUUCGAUCUGUGCCAAUAUGUUUUCUCUUCGGCCGCAGAUCUGCAACAAUCGAGACCAUCGCUUCUCAUUGCCACUCUCAAAAUGCUCGAGAAGUUCCUCUCUUGGAUACCGGUUGGUUACAUUUUCGAGACACAAAUCAUAGACGUUCUGGUUGGCUUUGUAGCGGUCGACCCGCUGAGGAACGCCACAAUGCCAUGUCUAGUUGAAAUCGCAGGCUUAUCAGGGAACAUUGUUAGCCAGUACGAUGACCGCUUUCGCUUUUUGUUUGUAUCUUUCGUGCAGCGCUUGACAUCGGUGUGGCCUCUCAAUGUCGAUAUAGCCUCAGCAUACGAAGAAGCGGACGAUGAAACUCAGGGCUUUGUCAUGGAUCUUGCGUUGUUUUUCACGAACUUUUUUCGAUAUCAUGUGUCUCUGGUUGAUACUGACAUGACACCAGAUGUACGAAAUGCAUUUAGAAGUGCUUACGAGUACCUGGUGAAGAUUUCGCGCGUACCAGAUGUGGAAGUGUUUAAAACUUGCCUUGAAUGGUGGUUUAAGCUUGCAUCAGAUCUUUACGAUAAUGAGUGUCACAUUCCGUCGGCCGCUGAGCGUAGUCGUCCUUUGCUUUUGAACAUGCCAUCGAGUCCGCAGAGCCCUCCGAUGGGAAAUAUGGUAACAGCGGGUCCGGGAUCUGAAUUUGUAUCGCAGAAACGAGCAUUUUAUGCGCCAAUUCUUUCGGAGGUGAGACACGUGAUGAUUUCACGCAUGGCAAAGCCUGAAGAAGUUCUCAUUGUCGAAGAUGAAAACGGAGAAAUUGUGAGAGAGACAACUAAAGACACAGAUGCCAUUGCCCUGUAUAAGACAAUGCGAGAAACCCUCGUCUUUUUGACUCAUUUGGACACUACGAACACAGAAAGCAUCAUGCUUUGCAAGCUUGCCUUGCAGAUUGAGAACAGGGAAUGGUCCUGGAACAAUCUGAAUACCUUGUGCUGGGCAAUAGGAAGCAUCUCAGGGGCAAUGGGAGAAGAAGAAGAGAGAAAGUUCCUGGUGACCGUCAUCAAAGAACUCCUUAUCUUGUGUGAGAAUAAGCGCGGGAAGGAUAACAAAGCUGUUGUUGCAUCAAACAUUAUGUACGUCGUCGGGCAGUAUCCUCGAUUUCUUCGGGCACACUGGAAAUUCUUGAAGACAGUUGUCAACAAGCUUUUCGAGUUUAUGCAUGAGACACAUCCAGGGGUGCAGGACAUGGCAUGCGACACUUUUCUCAAAAUUGCGCAAAAGUGUAGGCACAAGUUUGUGAGUUUGCAAACAAGAGAGGCGAAGCCUUUUAUUGUUGAGAUGUUAGAGACGCUUCCCGAAAUCAUUCAGAAGCUCGAGACACAUCAGAUCCAAUCCUUUUACGAAUCAUGCGGAUGCAUUAUUGCAAGCGAAUCCGAUGAGUUGACAAGAAACCAGCUCAUCAUGAAGCUUUUUGAACUGCCGAAUAGCAGCUGGUCUCAGUUGUUGUAUUCAGCAGGGGUCUCGGAAGAAGUUUGGUGCCAAAGAGCAAAAAUGAAAAACUUCUCUGGCAUUCUGCGUACUAACUCUCGCGUGGCCACUUCUCUGGGCUCUCCAUACUUAGUGCAACUGGAUUACAUUUACGGGGAUAUGCUCAAGGUGUACAAAGCAUACUCGGAAUUAAUACAAAAGGCAGUUAUGAACGGGGGUCAAUAUGCGUCAAAGAGUUCAGAUGUCCGGAAUAUGAGGGCCGUAAAGCGUGAGGUACUCCGCGUCAUUGAAACUUGCAUCAGCACGCUACACGACACAGACCGGGAAAAAAUUCAGGAGAAGGUAAUUGAGCCUUUGACAGACGUCGUGCUCGGAGACUACGUGCAAUCGGCCCCUGAUGUUCGUGAGCCAGCGGUGUUAUCACUCUAUUCCGCAAUUGUUUCUUUUAUGAAGGGAAGCUUGUCCACAGCUGCAGUACGGGUGAUCUUCAAGUCUCUUGUGGGAGUUACUCUAGUCAUGAUCAAGAACAACUUUGAAGACUUUCCCGACGCUAGAAUCAACUUUUUCCUGCUACUGAGAUCAAUCAACCAUCAUCAGUUCGCCUCAUUGUUUGCUCUUGAUGAAAACCCAUCUGCUGCAGAGGCAGAAUUUCGGAUCAUUAUCAACGCAAUAGCGUGGGCCUUCAAGCACACAGAGCGCAACGUUGCGGAAACUGGUCUGCAAAUCCUUCUGGAAAUGCUUCGGAAUGUUGACUCCUCCCCAUUUGCGAACUACUUCUACCGAAUUUACUUCAAGUCAAUCCUUAAUGACAUCUUGUAUGUCUUGACCGACACCCUUCAUAGGCCAGGGUUUAAACUUCAUGCCCAGAUCUUGAUGCACCUCAUUGGCGCCGUGGGUUCUGGUCGAAUAACGGAACCAAUCUGGGAUCAACAACAACCGGAAGAAGUCGCACUCGCAUCAGCCAAUGGAAGUUCUUCUCCCUCAAAUGCCCUGUACCUACAUUAUCACUUGCUCAAGAUUUUGAAGGCAGCUUUCCCCAACUUGAGCGAUGGGCAAGUGACUGACAUUGUCAAAGCACUUCUCUCUGGUUCAGACGACAAGACGUUCAAGGGCCAUUUGCGAGAUUUUCUUGUUCAGACGAAAGAAUUCUCGGCUGGAGACAACACAGACUUGUUUGAUGAGGAAAAGCAAAUGAAAGACUUGGAGAAGGAGAAAGCAGAGCGAGAUAGGCUAGCAAGGACUCCUGGUCUAAUAGCGCCUUCCAACAUCUGACUUUUCGACUUGCGCAGCCAGUGGCACCGUACUGUUGAUAGAUCAGGCUGAAAUUGCGACUAUUGUACAACGGAGACAACAGGUGAAUGUAAAGCGUGAUAGCGAGCGGGAAGCAGUCCGGAGUGUUGAGAAACUGAAGGAUGCAGGGCCCAAAUUUUAGCGCGUUUGGUGGUCGAAAGGUUGAGGGUUUGAUCGUAUUCCGCAAUAGAUGUCCAAAGUUCCGCCAGAGGUAUCUGUCUGUAAAUUUACUAUCUACCUGCACAGACUCGCGCAGAGGAUACAAAACAUUUU